AUGACUCGAGGAGAAACCAUCCAGUCCAAGGUCCACUACAAGGGAAAGCAGGACGACUUCCUCGUCUUUGUGGACGAUGUAAACACGUACAAGAAGUGGCUGAACGACAAGAGCAUCCCCCUGGCUCACUUCAUCUCGGCCUUCCAGGUCUUUGUGACGCACCGACAAGGUGCUCAGGGAACCUAUGACUCGGCAUCAAAGAUGGCCCUCGCGGCCGAGUUUGAUACCGACAACUCCGAUGAUGUGAUUCAGAAGAUCCUGGAGAAGGGCACGUUGCAGACCUCAGAGAUGCCUGAACGGCAAGGCCCCACCAACGAUUCCAUGAACUCGAUGAGGACAAAAUAG